CACUCCACAAGUUCGAGCAGAGAAGAAGAGAGUGCGGAAGUAGCGCUAAAACAAACACACACUAGCCACUUUAAUGUAUAAAUCUUAAUAUUUUAUUGUGUUUUAUAUAAUAUUGAAAAUGUGUACGGGUUGUUUGCAGAAAGAAUACCCCGACAGGGGAAGCACGUGUCUGGAUGACGGCUCGUAUCUGAUGAACUUCCUGGGAUGUGCAAACUGUCAGCAGCGAGAUUUCCUGCUCAUCAGCAACAAGACGCUGGUGAAUGAAGACGAGGAGGAAAUAGUCACUUACCUGCAUAAGUGCAAGAACUGUGACCAUGUCAUAGCCAGACACGAGUACACCUUCUCAGUGGUGGAUGACUAUCAGGAGUACACAAUGCUGUGUAUGCUUUGUGGGAAGGCAGAGGAUUCCAUCAGCGUGAUGCCAGAUGACCCCAGGCAGUCCGCCCCUCUCUUUUAAACAGGAGGGAAAACGGUUUUAAACAAAAGGUUUCUCUCAUAUGCUUGAGGUGAUUACUGACUAACUAACUAACUGACUAACUGACCUAAAUGACUGACCAAAUGACUGACUUGAUUGAGCGACUGACUGACUGACUGACAGACCUCAUCGACCAAAUGACUGACAGACUUCAUAGAAUGAACGACUGACUUGAUCGAGCAACAUGAUUGACGGAUCGAAAGACUGACCAACCUGAUCGGCCAAAUGACUGACUGACCUCAUCAAUCGAAUGACUGACAUGAUUGACGACCAACCGACUGCCUGAUUGACUGACCGACUGCCUGAUUGACUGACCGACUGACCAAACGACUGCCUGAUUGACUAACCGACUGACCAAACGACUGCCUGAUUGACUAACCGACUGACCAAACGACUGCCUGAUUGACUAACCGACUGCCUGAUUGACUAACCGACUGCCUGAUUGACCAAACGACUGACUUCCUAUCCAGGAGAACCGUCCAAAUGUGGCUUGCGUUGAAUGAAAUUAUGUUCAGCAGGAACAUCGUCUCUCCUUCACACUUCCAGUAGACGGUAAUCUGUGGUAUUACUAAGAUCUGAUCAGAUUGGAGAUGAGUGUAAAUAAAUUUUAGGAACUCCUGUAUGUUUUAGAAUAACCGCCUCUCAGUAUUUCUGCGUGUUCAGUGUAUACUGUAACUUUUUUUUUUUAUUAAAAUUGAUCUAUGCUUUUGUCUAAAUAAAAUAACAGUUACACCACAA